UAGUUCAGUCGAUUGCGAACUUAGGAUGAUCCUACAUCUCAUCUCAGCUACAACUGUGUCAGGACAGUGUAUAAUGGAUGAUUUUGUGAAUCAUUAGUUUGUGAUUGAAGCAUUGAAUUAUUGCUUAGUGACAUCAUUGAGCUAAUAUUGUCAACAAUACAUUAAUUUUACAAGAUUUAUGAGUGAAUCAAAGUCAAAAUGGCAAUGAGGUGGAAAAAUGUUUGAAUGGACCACCGAUCUCUGCCGUAACGGCACCCUAAGUCCAUCCACCAAGAGCAGAACUCCAGAUAAAAUGAGACAACGUAAGGAUGGAGAGAUCAAGCCGGAAGAAAAUAUUUCCGUUCCAGAAGAGCAACUCAAAUUUGAAGACGCUAGGUUCCUCACAUCAUUCGUACUUGGACGGAAUAGGAUCUCUCCGGACGUCUUGCCAUCCUGUUCCCCGGGUAUCUUCCGGCAGAAAUCAUUCAUCGGUGCGACAGAAGGCAGUGAUAAUAGUCCGAGUAACCGUCACAAAUCCGAACAACACGUCAAUGAGAGUAUUAUAAAUAAAAAAGCAUACGGCAGUAAAAAUUUGUCGUCGCGCAGAGUGGGUGGAGUUGACAGCAACAACGGUGGUAUUCUCAAUUGGGGUACCAGAAACGCCGGCAAGCACGCGCGCUUUGGCACGUCACUGGCCAACAAAAUGGCGUCAGCUAGCACAACAGCGGUACUACAGGGUUGGCCCAAUACCAAAGACGACUACGAAUUGAAGGAGGUUAUCGGAGUUGGCGCGACCGCCGUUGUUCAUGCUGCCUUUUGUAUUCCACGCCAGGAGAAAUGUGCUAUCAAGCGUAUCAACUUGGAAAAAUGGAAUACGAGCAUGGACGAACUUUUGAAAGAGAUUCAGGCGAUGUCGUCCUGCAACCACGAGAAUGUAGUUACGUACUAUACGUCUUUUGUGGUGAAGGAGGAACUUUGGCUCGUACUGAGACUACUGGAGGGUGGAUCACUCCUUGAUAUUAUCAAGCAUAAAACUAGGACAUCUAAUUGUAAACAUGGAGUUUUUGAUGAAGCCACUAUCGCCACAGUACUUCGGGAGGUGCUCAAGGGCCUUGAGUAUUUUCAUAGUAAUGGACAAAUACAUAGGGAUAUUAAAGCCGGUAAUAUACUUCUCGGCGAAGACGGAACAGUUCAAAUAGCCGACUUCGGUGUCAGUGCUUGGUUAGCAACGGGUCGUGACCUAAGCAGACAAAAAGUCCGUCACACAUUCGUUGGUACGCCCUGCUGGAUGGCGCCUGAGGUCAUGGAGCAGGUGAGGGAGGAUCAUGGUUAUGAUUUCAAAGCUGACAUAUGGUCCCUCGGUAUCACUGCCAUUGAAAUGGCAAGUGGUACUGCGCCUUAUCACAAAUAUCCGCCAAUGAAGGUCCUCAUGCUAACGCUGCAAAAUGAUCCACCUACCUUGGAUACGGCUGCUGAUGAUAAGGAUCAGUACAAAGCUUACGGAAAAACCUUCAGGAAAAUGAUUGUUGAUUGUUUGCAGAAGGAUCCUACGAAAAGGCCAACAGCAACCGAAUUAUUAAAGCACCCGUUCUUUAAAAAAGCGAAGGACAAGAAAUAUCUUCAGCAAACACUCGUGGCAAUUGGUCCAAGUCUAGAGACUAGAGUGCAGAAGGCCUCAAAGCGCCAACCUGGUACAUCCGGUCGUCUCCACAGAACUGUCACUGGAGAGUGGGUCUGGUCUUCUGAGGAAGAAGACAGUGGUGCCUCAAGCGGUGACGAAGGUAAGGAAGCUCUCCCGGUCAACACUAUAGACAACAUUUCUAGCGAAGAGGAACAGGUAGAUCCGGAGGACGCCGAUGGUCUGGUCAAGUCAGCUACCAGUCGACUCGUCAUACAAUCGUCUGAACAGAAUGAGCCCAUCAACUUGGUACUGAGACUGCGCAACCAGAAGAGAGAAUUAAACGACAUAAGAUUCGAGUUUGCAGUUGGAAUAGACUCGGCAGAAGGUAUAUCCGCGGAACUCGUUGGUGCUGGUCUAGUGGAUGGCAAAGAUAUUGUUGUCAUAGCUGCCAAUUUGCAAAAACUCAUCGAUAGCGCUGGACAGUUACGCACAGUUACAUUUCCACUGAAUUCUGGUUAUGCUGUGAACGAAGUGCCCGACGACAAGGCCUUGAUUGGCUUUGCCCAGAUCUCCGUAACUGACUAGAGCCUGACCUAUCUAUCCCUCAUUGUAUUCUUUUUAACAAGAAAAUUCUAAAUCCUAAACAUAGCGUUUUCACAUGAUACUACUAGAAGAAGUAUGGACGCAUAGCUUUUUUUUUAAUGACCAUCUGAUUAUCGGAAGUAUUAUGAAUUAAAAAUAAAUAAUGGUAAUAAUCUUCGGCUACCAAAUUAAAAAACGGUUCAGGAUUUUCCUAUUCUUGGAAUUAUGCUGAGCAUAUCGUAAAGCUUUGACUUAUGGGCAUCAAGUCAUCAAGACUCGUUAUUACUCUCCGUUAUUAUCAGAAGAUUGAAAAUGGUACUCUGGCGCUCGUGCGGAGGACGUUUCCCUACUAGAAAUCAAAUAUAUAUCCAAGUGAACGUGAAAAUUAUAUUGCUUACUACACGUACAUUAUCGGACAACACUAGCGUCAGAGUUUAGACUUACAUUUCACGAAUUUGUGAACUAUCAAACCUAUUAGUGAAAUAGUUGCCGCUAUUUCACUACAAUCUAUGUAUAUAUUAGUUUAUUUAAUUGAUUCAAUCUAUUCAUCUCCUCCUCUGAGUAUUUUGAAAGAAUAUCCAACGGAACAGCCAAAAAUCAGAGAAUAAUCAUGGGAAAUAAUAGGUAUAUUAUUUAGUCAAUGUAAGUGACUUUAAUGUUGUUUUAUGACGAGUCAAAUUAUGGUUCAGACUGAAUCUUCAGGGGGUUCCCGCAAUUUAUCAAAAUUUAUUUUUGGAAAUGAUUCAGCAAAAACAGCAUCUCUAAUACAUUUUUAUAACGAAUAUCAUCGGAAAUAUGAAGCGGAUUUUUUCAAAUAUCAAUUUACUCUGACUUUGUUUUUCAAAGUUGUUUCUUAUUAUAGAUUUGUCAAAAAACUGUUUUAAAAUAAAGAAAAGGAAAUUUUGAAAAAUUACAGGGAACUUAACUCUCAAAUUUACGAAUGCCUGGUACAAAAUUCGAUUUUUUAAAAUAUAAAGUGUCAUGCUUCGAUGCCUUAGGAUUUAGAUGAGACAAGAGUACUAAAUAAUGCUAAUGUAAUGAUACAAUAAUGAAAUUCUUUUGUACUUAAUCGUGGUGAAAAAAAAAAAACAAAAAAGGUAAUAGCGUGUUCAUAGCUUGCCAAUUUUUAGGUGAAAAACCCCCGUAAAUUUUUAUCUUUCCAUUCGCCUAUUUGCGAAGAAAUAACAUUAUUAGGUGUUGACUGAAUAUUUCUGACCUUACUCUGACUAUUUAAACAAAUAAUAAGCAUCCUCCCAACAAUAUUUUUUUUUCAUUCUCUCAACACAGCAAUUUAAAAAUUAUUUUCAAUAUAAUUCGAUUUUAGAAUUGGCAAUGUACAGUUUGCUCUGUCAAACAUUAAAAGGCAUUACAAAUUAUGUUUAUCCUCCUUCAAAUAGAAUUAUUCUCCAGUAAUAUUGAUUCAUUUUAUUUCAUAAUCUCGCGACUGAAUUCAUUGACACGUUAAUUAUUACUCACUGCAUUUUCCUUCUAUCAACAAAGCGAUCAUUAAUUACACAUUGAUGAUUUACCAACCAGGGUCUGUGUAGAAAGUCAUUGAACCAAGCUGCAUUCUCCCAUUUAGUUUUUUUUUCUGUAACUAUUAAGUUGUUAUCGGUAAUUUCUUUCAACAUUAUGAAUUUAGAGUUGUUUCCAAGAUUUAUUAUUGAUGAAUUUUUCAAUUGUAAAUAUUUAAGGUAUUUCGUGUUAUAUUUUAUCCAUAGAAUUGUAAAGAAUUCAUAUGACGAUCAUUAUUAUUAGAACUUUUCAACGCUUGGAUAUGUGAACCAAUCAAUUUGGAUAAUAUUGCAGUGAUAGUAAACGGAAGCCUAUACAAUAGUGGAAACAAAAAAGAAUGGCACUAUUCCCACUGAAUUUAACUCUUCAAUUACUUCAAAAGGUACAAAAAUUUUAAUUUCUAUAUUGUCCAGACAGUCAAGUUGGGAUUAUGUAAUGUGCCUUAUUCCGAAUUCAUUGCCAUACUGGGUUUAUUUAUGCAAAAAGGAAGAUAGACUCAUCGAACGGGAAAUGAAAUCCCCUGGAGAAGUCAAUAGAAAGCCACAUCACUAAUCGAUGAAUUAUUUUAAGAGUGCCAGAAUAAUAAAAAAAAAAACAAAAUUAUGUUGUAUGUAGCAUUUAAACAUGUACUGAAAACAAAACAAGAGUAUAAUAAUUUAUUUGUAAUAAUAGCAAAAAGACAUUGAAGCAAAUUACGCUGUGCUUUAUUCCAAUGAUAAUGUGUCACGUUUCUAUUAUUCGUUUUUUUCUUCAUAUUAAAUAUAUAAUUUUAGUACUUAAUCUGCGGUGCAUUUUCUAUUGUGUACUGAAUAAUAAAAAUUUCUUAAUACUA